CCAAUUGCACAUUAUACAUACAUAUAUAUAUAUAAAUUCUCCAAAUUCUCUUUGGUAUCAAAAUUAAAUUUAAAAUAAAAAAAUCCCAUAUAUCACAAUGGCAUUAUUAUCAUUAUCAAUUCCAAGAAUUGCUUUAUGUGUUGUGUCCAUUUUCUUUCUUGUUCUUGUCGGUGUGUCGAGUGAAACCCUCGAAGAUCAUGUAAUAAAACAAUGUGGGUUCACAAGAUACCCCUCUUUGUGUGCCCAAACCCUGCAAAAUGAUCGAUCUUUAUUACAUCCUAAUGAUUUCUUGGAUGCCCUCGUCAAUCGAACGAUUUCUGAGAUGGGUCUGCCAGAUUCCAAUUUCGAGAUUCUCAGUUACCAUUUCAUCUCCCCCGAAGCUCAACACGCCCGCGCCGCCAUGGAUUACUGCCACGAGCUUAUGGGAAUGGCGGUUAAGAGACUGAACCAGGUCCGGGAAGCCCUCCGCCGGUCGCCGGAAAAUCACAAAGCCGACGUCCAGACGUGGCUGAGCGCCGCCCUGACCUUCCAGGACACGUGCAAGGACUCCGUCGAGGGUCACGUGCCUUCGAAUGUUUAUAUGGCAGAAAUUUACAGGCGUAUGGGUUAUCUUUCCGAGCUGGGUAGUAAUCCGCUGGCGCUGGCCAAUCGGAUUGCGUCCGUACAGGAAUCUCCGGCGGCGGCGACGGCGGGGACAGGGCGGCGGGUUUUGGGAUUGGGUGGGGAGGAUGAAUUUCCGGCGUGGGUUUCCGGGAAGGACAGGAAAUUGCUCCAGAGUGGGGCGGCGCCGCUCAUUAGGGCGAAUGCUGUGGUGGCGAAGGACGGCAGCGGGAAUUUUAAAACGGUGGCGGAAGCCAUCGCCGCCGCGAGAGGAAGCCGAUUCGUUAUUUACGUUAAGGCUGGAACUUAUAACGAGAAAAUUAAUACUAAUAAAGACGGAAUUACGUUAAUCGGCGACGGAAAAUACGCCACAGUUAUUACCGCCAGCGGUAGCGUCGCAAAAGGGUCUAACCUUAGAGGCACUGCAACUUUCACAAUUACCGGCGACGGGUUCAUAGCGCGGGACAUCGGAUUCCACAACACGGCGGGUUCGGCGGCGGAGCAGGCGGUGGCGCUGACGGUGGCGUCGGACCACGCCGUCUUCUACCGUUGCAGCAUCGCCGGCUACCAGGACACUCUCUACGCCCUCUCCCUCCGCCAAUUCUACCGCGAGUGCGACAUCCACGGCACCGUCGACUUCAUCUUCGGCAACGCCGCCGCCGUCUUCCAGAGCUGCAACCUCGUCCUCCGCCGCCCGCCCGGCGGCGGCUCCUACAACGUCAUCCUGGCUAACGGCCGGACGGACCCCGGGCAGAACACAGGGUUUUCUAUCCACAACUGCCGCAUCGCCGUCGCGUCGGAUUAUUCUCCGGUGAAGAAUUCGGUGAAGUCGUUCCUGGGGCGGCCAUGGAAGGAGUACUCGAGGGCGGUGGUGAUGCAGUCGAACAUCGACGGCGCGGUGGCGGCGCGUGGGUGGGUGGAGUGGCCCGGCGCCGGAGGUUCGAUCUACAAGUCGCUGUAUUUUGCGGAGUACGGCAAUAUGGGCGCCGGCGGCGGGACCUCCGGCAGAGUCCGGUGGCCGGGAUUCCACGUGAUGGCGGCGGAGGAGGCGGCGAGAUUUAGCGUCGGUGAUUUUAUUGGCGGGAACAUGUGGCUGCCUUCGACGGGUGUGACAUUCGUGUCUGGGCUCCAAUGAGUUAUUUAUUUAUUAUUAUUUAAUAAUAUAAGAAAAUAUAGUAGUAUAUAUAUGAUUAAAAUUAAUAUAUAUAUCUAUACCUAUAUAUGCGUAUGUAUGUAUUAAAUAUAUUGCGAGCCCAGAGAAGACUGUGACGUGGAACCAAAAGGCUGUCUGUGAACUUUUCAUGUUUUGUAAUAAGUUGGGUGAAAGAAAGAAGGGUAAUUUAGACGAAAUGUAAUUAAUGUAUAUGGGUUAAGAUAAAUAUGAUUGAAAUUGUUUUAACUUUUCCGUCACUGGUUAA